AUGAAUCUUUCUUUUUAUCUAUCACUCUUUCUUUCUUUCUAUCAAUCUUUCUGUCAAUCGUUCUUUCUAUUUUUCAUUAUUUCUUCCUUCCUUCGCUUCUUUCGUAAACACCUUUUUGUUUCUGUCUAUCUAUCUAUCUAUCUAUCUAUCUAUCUAUCUAUCUAUCUAUCUAUCUAUCUUAAACACUUUCUUUCUUUCUUUCUUUCUUUUAAAAUUUUUUUUGUUUGCAUAUUUUCUUUCUUUCUUUCUUUCUUUCUUUCUUUUCUUUCUUUCUUUCUUUCACGUUUUCUAUCACUCUUCCUUUUCUUUUUCUUCCCUUUUUCUUCGACGUUUUUUCUUUCUUUCUUUGCAUGCCUAUCUAUCUAUCUAUCUAUCUAUCUAUCUAUCUAUCUAUCUAUCUAUCUUAGAUACCCUCUUUCUAUUUUUCUUUUAAAUCUUUUUCUUUCUUUCUUCCUUUCUUUCUUAGGCGCCUUUAUUCUUUCUUUUCUCUCGUUUUUCAUUCUUAGACCCACUUUUUUUUUCCUUUUAAAUUUGGCUCGUUUUUCUUUCCUUUUUACACUCAUCUUUCUUCCAUUAUAUCUUUCUUUUUUCCUUCCUUCCCUUCCUUCCUUCAUUUCUCUCUUCCUACCUCCCUUCCUUUGCAAAUAUUACUUUAUUCUUUUUUCUCAGUCCCUUUUUUCACUUCUUUCUUUCUUUCUUUCUUUCUUUCUUUCUUUCUUUCUUUCUUUCUUCCCCUCCUUUCUUUAUUUGCAUGUAUUAUUUCUUAUUUUUAUUCUUUUUCUCAGCGGCAUUAUUUUGCUUUCAUUGAUCAAUUUCUUUCUUUCCAAGUAUUAUUUCCUUUCUUUCAAUUUUUUUUAUUCUCAGUGGCUUUCUUUUUCAUUCAUUUAUUCAUUCUUUUUUCUCUCAUCCAUUCAUUCAUUAUGUCUUUUUUCUUUCUUUUAUUCACUAAUUUUUAAUUUUUGUUUCUUUCUUUCAUUUAUUUUUCUUUCUUUUCAUCAAUUAAUUCAUUCAUUCUUUAUUUUUUUCUUUCUUUCAUUCAUACAAUCUUUUUCUUUCUUUCUUUCAUUCAUUCUUUUUCUUUCUUUCUUUCAUUCAUUCAUUCUUUUUCUUUCUUUCUUUUUCUUUCUUUCAUUCAUUCAUUCUUUUUCUUUCUUUCUUUCUUUCUUUCAUUCAUUCAUUCAUUCUUUUUCUUUCUUUCUUUUUCUUUCUUUCAUUCAUUCAUUCUCUUUCUUUCUUUCUUUUUCUUUCUUUCUUUCAUUCAUUCAUUCUUUUUCUUUCUUUCUUUCUUUCUUUCAUUCAUUCAUUCAUUCUUUUUCUUUCUUUCUUUUUUUCUUUCUUUCUUUCUUUCUUUCAUUCAUUCUUUUUCUUUCUUUCAUUCAUUCAUUCUUUUUCUUUCUUUUAUUUUCUUUCUUUUAUUCAUUCAUUCUUUUUCUUUAUUUCAUUUAUUCAUUCUUUUUCUUUCUUUCUUUCUUUUUCUUUCUUUCAUUCAUUCAUUCUUUUUCUUUCUUUCUUUCUUUCAUUUUCUUUCUUUCAUUCAUUCAUUCUUUUUCUUUCUUUAUUUCUUUCUUUCUUUCAUUCAUUCCUUUUCUUUACCUCUUUCUACAACCUCACUGUUUGUUAUCAUUAUCCUUCCGCUUCUUUUUCUUCGGUUCUGUCUUCCAUUUCACCUUUCCUUUUGUUUGCAGUUUCAUUUGUCGAAUUUUCCUGACGGAAUCCUUUCGAUUUCCUCGUAAUAUUAUAUUCGACAUUAAAUGCCACAAUGUCUAUUAUCAUAACAGAAGAUAUUGUAUCUUAUGCCAUCUGAAUGGUGGAUCUACGUUCAACUGCACACACACAAAAGCGCUUAUGUUGCGUAAAGGAGGAGACGCGGGAAAACUGAAAAAAAGUAGCUACAAAAUUUCUUCCAUUUUAGCGAGUCAUCGCUCUCUCUUUCCCUUUCUCUCUCUCUCUCUAUAUAUAUAUAUAUAUAUAUAUAUAUACAGAUAUAGAUGUAUUUCUCUUUCUUUGCUUCAUUAUCUCUCUCUUUCUCUCUGUCUUUAUCUUUCUCUCAAUUUCUCUCUCACUCUUUCUUUCUUUCUCUUUCUUUCUGUAUUCUUCUCUUUCUUUCCCUUUCUCUCUUUCUAUUUAACUCCCGUCCUCUUUUCUUUCUUUUUCUGUCUUUCUCUUUCUUUCUCUCUCUAUUUCUCUCCCUGUUUCUUUCUUUUUCUCUUUUUAUGUCCUUUCUUUCUUUCUUUCUUUCUUUCUUUCUUUCUUUCUUUCUUUCUUCACCUCUGUAUAUGUACCGGUCUUUUUAUAAGUCUGUCCCAGCCUUUUCGUAUGUUUUUUUUUUUAUAUUUCUAUCUAUCUAUCUGUCUGUCUGUCUGUCUGUCUGCCUAUCUAUCUAUCUAUCUAUCUAUCUAUCUAUCUAUCUAUCUAUCUAUCUAUCUAAAUCUCUUUAUUCAAUUCGGUUCAUAUCUAUCUAUUUAUCUAUCUAUCUAUCUGACAGUAUUCAGGAUCUCUGUAUAUUGUCCAUUCGAUAUCUAUCUAUCUAUCUAUCUAUCUAUCUAUCUAUCUAUCUAUCUAUCUAUCUAUCUUACUGCUUGUCCAUAUCUAUCUAUCUAUUUGAUUCUGUUCAUUAUCUAUCUAUCUAUCUAUCUAUCUAUCUAUCUAUCUAUCUAUUUGGCUACAUGUCCAUAUCUAUCUAUCUAUCUAUCUAUCUAUCUAUCUAUCUAUCUAUCUAUCUAUCUAUCCUGGCUUGUUCAUCUCUCUCUCUUUCUUUCUCUCUAUCUAAGUCUGUUCAUUAUCUAUCUAUCUAUCUAUCUAUCUAUCUAUCUAUCUAUCUAUCUAAGUCUGUUAACAUCUCUCUCAUAUACUCUAUCGAUCUAUGUCAGUUUGUUCAUAUCUAUCUAUCUAUCUAUCUAUCUAUUUAUCUCUCUUAACGACAAUUUAUACAUCGCACCCUUUAUAUCUAUCUAUCUAUCUAUCUAUCUAUCUAUCUAUCUAUCUAUCUAUCUAUCUAAAUCUGUUUAUUCAAUAUCGAUAUAUCUAUGUGUUUCAUUCUGUUCUAUCUAUCUAUCUAUCUAUCUAUCUAUCUAUCUAUCUAUCUAUCUAUAG